AUGGCGGAUGCACUGACAAAGACGGAUCUCCAGGGCGCAUUGCCGCUCAUCGCUCGAGGCAAGGUCCGCGACCUGUACGAAGUCGACGACAAGACGCUUCUCUUCGUCGCGACCGACCGCAUCUCCGCAUACGAUGUGAUCAUGGAGAAUGGCAUCCCCAACAAAGGCGUCCUCCUCACCCUCUGCACAAAAGCCUGGUUCAAGAUCCUGCAAGACGCCAUCCCUUCGCUGCGCACGCACUUCCUUACCCUCGACCUGCCCCCGCAGAUCCCGCCGUCCUUGCGGCCCACGCUGCAGAACCGGAGCAUGCAGGUUCGCCGGCUGAAGGUGUUUCCGAUCGAAGCCAUCGUGCGAGGAUACAUCACCGGCUCCGCGUGGAAGGAGUAUCAGAAAUCGGGGACCGUCCAUGGCAUACCGUUGCCUGCGGGGUUGAAGGAGAGCCAGGCGUUCCCCGACGGGCCUCUGUACACGCCUAGUACCAAGGCAGAGCAGGGAGAGCAUGACGAGAACAUUCAUCCUGAUCAAGCUGCCGCCAUCGUCGGAGAACCGUACGCCUCCAAGAUCGCCUCUCUCGCCGUCCAGCUCUACAAGACCGCCCACGCAUACGCCUACGAACGCGGCCUCAUCAUCGCGGACACCAAGUUCGAGUUCGGCCUCGACCCGGAAACGGACGAGGUGGUGCUCGUCGACGAGGUCCUAACGCCCGACUCGUCGCGGUUCUGGCCCAGGGACAAGUACGUGGUGGGACAGAGCCAGGAGAGCUUCGACAAGCAGUACCUGCGAGACUGGCUCGUGAAGGAAGGUCUGAAGGGCAAGGAAGGCGUCCGCAUGACCGAGGAGGUGGUGCAGAAGACGGCGGAGAAGUAUCGGGAGGCGUGGGAGAGAAUUACCGGUGGUACUGAGUCAUAG